AUGCCCGCCGCCGAGAGAACGCCGCAGACGCUCUACGACAAGGUCUUCCAGGCCCAUAUUGUCGAUGAGAAGCUCGACGGCACCAUUCUGCUCUACAUCGACCGCCAUUUAGUGCACGAAGUCACAUCGCCGCAAGCCUUCGAGGGCCUCGAGGUUGCUGGCCGCAAGGUCCGGAGACCGGAUUGCACCCUUGCCACGACCGACCAUAACGUCCCAACCACCUCCCGCAAGACGCUCAAAGACAUUGCCAGCUUCAUCCAGGAGGAAGACUCGCGGACACAAUGCGUGACGCUUGAGGAAAAUGUCAAGAAGUUCGGCAUCACAUACUUUGGCCUGAGCGACAAGCGCCAGGGUAUCGUGCACGUCAUCGGUCCCGAGCAGGGCUUCACCCUCCCCGGUACCACCGUCGUGUGCGGCGACAGCCACACGUCGACCCAUGGCGCCUUCGGUGCUCUCGCCUUCGGCAUCGGCACCAGCGAGGUCGAGCAUGUCCUCGCCACACAGACCCUCAUCACCAAGCGCUCCAAGAACAUGAGGAUACAGGUCGACGGCGAGCUGGCCCCCGGCGUCAGCUCCAAGGACGUCAUCCUGCACGUCAUCGGCAAGAUCGGUACCGCCGGCGGUACUGGUGCUGUUAUCGAGUUCUGCGGUUCCGUCAUCCGCGACCUCAGCAUGGAGGCCCGCAUGUCAAUCUGUAACAUGUCCAUCGAGGCCGGCGCCCGUGCCGGCAUGGUCGCCCCUGACGAGAAGACCUUCGAGUACCUCAAGGGCCGGCCCCUGGCCCCCAAGUAUGGUUCGGAGGAGUGGAACCGUGCUGUCGCCUACUGGAGCACCCUGAAGUCGGACCCCGACGCGAAGUACGACAUCGAUGUCUUCAUCGAUGCCAAGGAUAUCGUCCCGACCGUUACCUGGGGUACCAGCCCCGAGGACGUCGUCCCUAUCACCGGCUGCGUCCCCGACCCCGAGUCCCUGCCCGAGGGCAAGAGGGCGGCUGCUCGCCGCAUGCUCGAGUACAUGGGUCUUCAGCCCGGCACUCCGAUGGAGGAGAUUCCUAUUGACAAGGUCUUCAUCGGCUCCUGCACCAACUCUCGUAUCGAGGAUCUGCGCGCGGCUGCCGCCGUCGUCAAGGGCCGCAAGGUCGCUCCUAACGUGAAGCGCGCCAUGAUUGUGCCAGGCUCCGGUCUCGUCAAGGAGCAGGCCGAGCGCGAAGGUCUCGACAAGAUCUUCCUCGACGCCGGUUUCGAGUGGCGCGAGGCCGGCUGCAGCAUGUGCUUGGGCAUGAACCCAGACAUUCUCUCUCCCAAGGAGCGCUGCGCCUCGACCAGCAACCGCAAUUUCGAGGGCCGCCAGGGCGCCCAGGGCCGCACUCACCUCAUGUCGCCCGUCAUGGCGGCUGCUGCGGCUAUCGUCGGCAAGCUGGCCGAUGUGCGCAAGCUGGCCCAGUUCAAGGGCAGCCCCCACAUCGAGGCCGCCAUUGCCCCUGAGCCUGCCGCUCCGGCCGCCGAGCCGGCUCACGCCGAUGAGCGCAUCGAGACCGACGACGCCGAGAAGGAGCACCUCGCCGACCAGCCCGAGGACUCCUCUCCUCAGGUCAACACCACUGUGCUCCACAAUGUCGGUGGUGCUGGUGGUGUGCCCAAGUUCACCAUCCUCAAGGGCAUUGCUGCUCCGAUGGAGCGCCCCAACAUCGACACGGACGCCAUCAUCCCCAAGCAGUUCCUCAAGACCAUCAAGCGCACGGGUCUCGGCUCCGCCCUCUUUUACGAGUGGCGCUACCUCGAGCCCGGCGUCGAGAACCCCGAUUUCGUGCUUAAUAAGGAGCCGUACCGUAGGGCGAAGAUCAUCGUCUGCACGGGUCCCAACUUUGGCUGCGGCUCCUCGCGUGAGCACGCGCCCUGGGCGCUGAACGAUUUUGGUGUCAAGUGCAUCAUUGCCCCCUCGUUCGCCGACAUCUUCUUCAACAACUCUUUCAAGAACGGCAUGCUCCCCAUCGCGAUCAAGAACCAGGCCGAGCUGGAGCGUAUUCAUGCCGAGGCCGUCGCCGGCAGGGAAAUCGAAGUUGACCUGCCGAACCAGCUGAUCAAGGACCAGGAUGGUAACGUGCUGUGCGCGUUUGACGUCGAGGAGUUCCGCAAGCAUUGCCUCGUCAACGGUCUCGAUGAUAUCGGCCUGACCAUGCAGCUCGAGGAUAAGAUUGCCGAGUAUGAGCGGCGCAUGGAGAGGGAGUGGCCUUGGUUGAAUGGUGCGGGGUACCUGAGGAGGAAGGGGCAGGGCGGCAAGCUUGCCGUUAAGGCGGUGCCGGUGCCCAAGACGAAUAGGGGGGAUGUGAAGACUGAGCCAUUGGAGUGGUAA